AUGGCAGAAGAGAAAGGCGAAGGCCCGGAAGACGUAGAUACUAUCGGAAUUUACGUAGGAGGCCGCAAUGUCGACGGGGAGCGUCAUGGAGAAGGCUGGGCAGUUCUACCGAACGGCGAUUUUUACCAGGGCUGCUACUGUCGGGGUAUGCGCAGUGGAAAAGGGUUGUAUGUGUUCAAAAAUGGGGCGCGUUAUGAAGGGGAAUGGAGGAAGGCCAUGAAGUACGGUGUUGGCCAAAUGAUUUACCCAGAUGGGUCCCGUUACGAAGGAGACUGGCGCCACGACCUGAAGCAAGGCUUCGGAGCCUACUAUUACCCGAAUGGCGAUAUUUAUGAAGGAGCGUGGUUUAAGGGCAAACGACAUGGACUUGGAACCUACUUCCUUGCUGAGUAUCAGAUAAAAUUCAUGGGCACAUGGGUGGAGGGUGUAAUUGAAGGUCCGGGACAAAUAAUAUACCCCCGCGUUAGAUAUCACGGAUCGUGGUUAAGAGGCAAGCCCAAAGGCCCUGGAUGCUUCGUUUUUGAUACUAAUUGCAUGCAACACGGUUUUUACUUGCUCAUGAAAGAUCCAGCUUUUGAAGAAUACGGUGAAGGGGAAGAAGAAAAAGAGGAUAAGGAAGUGAAAGAAGAGAGACCGGAGGAAGGUGGUGAAGAAGAAAUUGAAAUAGAUGAAACUUUGGGAAAGAUUGCUGUGUGGCGUGCUCGCAACGUGACGGCUUAUAUGGCGGAGUUCCUUCCACCUGAACCGGUUCCACUUCCAGUACACGACUCCAUCCCUUCACUGUCAGAGGAGAGUAUAGAAACAGAUAUCAUUCAGUUUGAAAUGCCGUCCGUGGUUGCGGAGGAGGAGGGCGGUGAUGACAGCGACUCCUGGCUUAUGCAUAGGCAGAAGUUCUUGGAAGAAACUGAACAGAAGGGCUAG